GGAAGUUACAUAAAAAGUGACCUCUUUGGUGUGGUUGCUUUAAGCCCCCUUCCUCUUUGAAGAUUGAGACAAAAUAAUUUGAACUAAUAGCCCAUCCUUCCCAAAUCAGGAAACUUCUUUCAAUAGCCUUCCCUUCUCUGCAAAAAUCUCUCUCCCACACUCAUGGAAGGCACAACCAAUGAACGUCUUGAUUUUGGGAAGAUGGGUUAUGGAUGCCAGCACUAUAGAAGGAGAUGUCAGAUUCGAGCUCCAUGCUGCAUCGAGAUCUAUCCAUGUCGUCAUUGCCAUAACGAGGCCACGAGCAUUUUAAAGAACCCCUUUGAUCGGCAUGAGCUCGUUCGGAAUGAUGUUAAAGAAGUUGUCUGUUCAGUUUGUGAUACAGAACAACCGGCUACUCAAGCUUGUACCAACUGUGGGGUCAACAUGGGGGAGUAUUUCUGUGAAAUAUGCAAGUUUUACGAUGAUGAUACUGAUAAGGCUCAAUUUCAUUGUGAUGACUGUGGAAUCUGCAGAGUUGGUGGCCGUGAGAAUUUCUUUCACUGCAAAAAGUGUGGGUCUUGCUAUUCUAUUGGUCUGCGCGACAAUCACCGGUGUGUGGAGAACUCCAUGAGACACCAUUGCCCCAUAUGUUAUGAGUAUCUUUUUGAUUCUCUAAAAGACACUACCGUAAUGAAAUGUGGCCACACAAUGCAUUGUGAAUGUUACGGUGAAUUGAUAAAGCGCGGAAAAUACUGUUGUCCCAUAUGCUCCAAGUCAAUAAUUGACAUGACCAAAACUUGGAAGAGAAUAGAUGAAGAGAUUGAAGAGACCAUGAUGCCCGAUGAUUAUCGCUCUACAAAGGUUUGGAUCUUAUGUAAUGACUGCAAUGACACUACUGAAGUUUACUUCCACAUAGUUGGCCAGAAAUGCAGCCAUUGCAAAUCAUAUAAUACUCGAACAAUCGCCCCUCCAGUUCUUCCCCAAUGAUCUAGCUGGUUGGAUUCACUGUAAAAUGGAAGGAUUUUUUUUCAAGGCAUUCUUAUCAACUUCAAACCUCAGCUGAAUCUGUACUAUUAUUGGCAUUGCAUUUUAUACAAACUAUUGUAACAUAAAGUGUCCCUCAAACCUGGCUCGGUUUUUUUAUACUCAAUCUUCUUCCUCCAAUUUAUGGGUGAAAAGCUCAAGUAAAAGUGUCUUGGGUUGAUGUAAACAUAAUCAUAUAUAUGUUGAAAUUAAAGGGAAAAAGUUCUUCCCUGUUAUGGACCAAAGAAAAAAAGGUGUUGUGUUCAUUCGUUUUAGUCA